UCUUAACGUCCGACACUUUGCUGGGUCACUUUCAAAAUGGCUUUACAAAGUGCUAGUAGAUAUAACACUCUCUCACCAGAGUCAAUUUUAAAUUUUAGUUCAAAAUCAAAUUUCGGAUUAUAUGAUACUUUUACCUUAAAUAAUGAUCUUAAUUGUCCAGGAUUGAAUUUUCCUUUACCAAAUGUAUCAGAUGUAUCUCAAUUCUUGAAUGAAUAUACUAAUGGUGAUACAAAGAUUCAAUUUCAUCAUGGUACUACAACUCUUGCAUUUAAGUUUAAACAUGGUGUCAUUGUUGCUGUGGAUUCAAGAGCAUCUGCAGGAUCUUAUAUAGCAUCUCAGACUGUUAAAAAAGUAAUCGAAAUUAAUCCAUACCUACUUGGAACAAUGGCUGGGGGAGCUGCAGAUUGUGCUUUUUGGCAAAGGGUGCUUGCCAAAGAAUGCAGAUUAUAUCAGCUAAGAAACAAAGAGCGAAUUUCAGUUGCAGCCGCUUCCAAAUUACUUGCCAAUAUGGUUUAUCAAUACAAGGGAAUGGGGCUUAGUAUGGGAACUAUGAUCUGUGGAUGGGACAAACGAGGGCCUGGACUUUAUUAUGUAGAUAGUGAUGGUAGUCGAUUGAAAGGUGAUCUUUUUUCAGUUGGAUCAGGGUCUACAUAUGCAUAUGGAGUUUUAGAUGCUGACCAUAAAUGGGAUUUAACACUAGAGGAGGCAUAUGAUUUAGGCAAUCGAGCAAUAUAUCAUGCCACACAUCGAGAUGCUGGAUCUGGUGGUGUUUGCAAUUUGUAUCAUAUGCAAGAAACCGGUUGGAUAAAAGUUUCUCAGACAGACGUUACUGACCUUCAUUACAAAUAUCGAGCUGAAAUCGAAGGUUAAAAACAAAUCGCUUGCGUCUUGUUAAGUUUUUUUACGACUUUUAGACAUUUUCAGUUAAAUAUUGUUAUUUGUAGCUGCGUAAAGUAUAGUUAAAAAUCAUAAUCUUGAAAUGUACAUUUCUAAGGAGAAAAAAUCGUUAAAUAUAA